UCAUGGCUUGGGUGCCCGCCCACCGGCCGCCCGCCAUGGCGUCUCAGCUUCGGCUCCGUUCUGCGCUGGCCUUGGUCACAGGUGCGGGUAGCGGUAUCGGCCGGGCGGUUAGUGCGCGCCUGGCCAGAGAGGGGGCUACCGUAGCCGCCUGCGACGUGGACGGGACAGCAGCUCAGGAGACGGUGCGGCUGCUAGACGGGUCGGGGAGUGAGGAAGGGGCGCCGGGCGGGAACCACGCUGCCUUCCAGGCUGAUGUGUCUGAGGCCAGGGCCACCAGGCGCCUGCUGGAAAAAGUGCAGGCCAGCUUUUCUCGCCCGCCAUCUGUCGUUGUGUCUUGUGCGGGCAUCACUCGGGAUGAGUUUCUGCUCCACAUGUCUGAGGAUGACUGGGACCAAGUCAUAGACGUCAACCUCAAGGGCAUUUUCCUAGUUACUCAGGCUGCAGCUCAAGCCUUGGUGUCCAGUGGUUGUCACGGCUCCAUUAUCAAUAUCAGUAGCAUCGUUGGAAAGGUGGGGAACAUCGGGCAGAUAAACUAUGCUGCAUCCAAGGCUGGAGUGAUUGGGCUCACCCAGACUGCAGCCCGAGAGCUUGGASGAYAUGGGAUCCGCUGUAACUCUGUCCUCCCAGGGUUCAUUGCAACACCCAUGACAGAGAAAAUGCCACAGAAAGUGAAGGAUAAGGUGACCGGAAUGAUCCCAAUGGGACACUGGGGGAACCCUGAGGAUGUGGCAGAUGUGGUUGCAUUCUUGGCAUCUGAAGACAGUGGAUACAUCACAGGGGCCUCAGUGGAAGUCACUGGUAUGAUGCCAGCAUGGGGAAAGAGAGGGCACAGAAGAGGAACUCAAACCAUAUGAGAAAAUGAGGGAAGCCUGGAGCUACUGUGGGAAGGGCAGAGGCUUCCAAGGCCAAGAACAGAAAUGGGUACCCCCAGCCCAUUUAUCUCUCCACCCAUGCAUGUCCAAAUGUUUUUGCCCC